UUCUUUCUAAUCAAAAAUUCAAAAAUCAAAACACCGAAAAUAAGUAGUUUUGAACUUCGAAAACUUUAUUUGAAAUUUGAUGUGAAAAUGAUUGUUUUUGGUGAAAACUGAAAAUUAGCCAAUUGGACUCUCAAUUGUUUGUUAUUAAUUUGUUUAUUCACUGAACCAUGUUGAAAGAUAUUCCUAGUUGAAAUUGAAAUCCAUCGCCAUGGAGACAAUCAACCGUGAGUCAACUCGUAUCAAGGAAGUUGGCAAGAAAAGAGUUCUGGACGAUGCUACACGAAGUCGUAGGCUGAGAAAAGCUCUAGAAGCUUUGGAAGUUGACAACUACCAUGACGAUCCUCAUGCAGAUUUGGUUAUGAGUAAAAAAGUUCCAAAAUUCAGCGACUCGUUUGAAACACGAAGUGGUCGAAAGAAAAAAGGCAAAGGUCCAGAUUAUUACAAACAGAAGUAUCGUAAAACGUUUCCACAAUUACUGGAGGAAGAACGACAUAUGCAUCCAGAUCCACCGAAUUACGAUUCAGCAGAAGCAGCCCCUUCUGGAUUCCCUCCUCGUCAUUUUUGCGCCGUUUGUGGAUUUUUCAGCAAUUAUACGUGCGUUUGUUGCGGCGCCAGAUAUUGUAGCGUUAAAUGUCUGGGCGUACAUAUGGAUACCAGAUGCCAAAAAUGGACCGCGUAAUGAGAAGUUUUUUAAUGUUGUGAUAAUUAUUUUCUAUAUAUUGUACAUAACUUAAUAUUUUAUACUGAAGUAUAUUUUUUUUCGUUACAAUAUAA